CUAUUGCUUCUGGGUUUGGGGUGUGAGAAGACGUGGAAUGGGGGGACCUUAAACCUGUCCUAUUCGACUGCGAAAUUGAGUGUCUGGCGACCACCCGUUACCACCAGCGAGGACCGUCUGCUCACAUCUGUGGGAGAAGCCUGGAAUGGUCCCCCCUCCGCCGGGAGAGGAAAGCCAGACCGUCGUCCUUCCACCAGGCUGGCAAAGCUACUUGUCCCCUCAGGGCCGGCGCUACUAUGUCAACACGGCCACCAAUGAGACCACCUGGGAGCGUCCCAGCAGUUCUUCUGGGAUUCCAGCCAGCCCUGGCCCUCACAGGAGCUCUCUGCCUCCAACAGUGAAUGGAUACCACACGUCAGGGACCCCAGCGCACCCUCCCGAGACUGCCCACAUGAGUGUCCGAAAAUCCACCGGUGAUUCCCAGAACCUGGGAUCCUCGUCACCAAGCAAAAAGCAGAGCAAGGAAAACACCAUCACAAUAAACUGCGUGACGUUCCCUCACCCAGACACAAUGCCGGAGCAGCAACUGCUGAAACCAACCGAGUGGAGCUACUGUGACUACUUCUGGGCCGACAAGAAGGACUCCCAAGGCAACGGCACGGUGGCUGGGUUUGAACUGCUGCUGCAGAAACAGCUGAAGGGCAAGCAGAUGCAGAAGGAAAUGUCGGAGUUCAUCCGAGAAAGGAUAAAGAUUGAAGAGGAAUAUGCAAAGAACUUAGCUAAGCUCUCUCAGAACUCCUUGGCUGCACAGGAGGAGGGCUCCCUGGGAGAAGCAUGGGCGCAGGUGAAGAAGAGCCUUGCGGAUGAGGCUGAAGUUCACCUCAAGUUCUCUGCCAAGCUGCACAGCGAGGUGGAGAAGCCCCUGAUGAACUUCCGCGAGAACUUCAAGAAGGACAUGAAGAAGUGUGACCACCACAUCGCAGACCUCCGCAAGCAGCUUGCCAGCCGCUAUGCCGCGGUAGAGAAGGCCCGAAAAGCCCUCACAGAGCGGCAGAGAGACUUGGAGAUGAAGACCCAGCAGCUGGAGAUCAAGCUGAGCAACAAGACGGAGGAGGACAUCAAGAAGGCUCGGAGGAAGUCCACGCAGGCGGGAGAUGACCUCAUGCGCUGUGUGGACCUCUACAACCAGGCCCAGUCCAAGUGGUUUGAAGAGAUGGUGACCACCACGUUGGAGCUGGAGCGGCUGGAGGUGGAGAGGGUGGAGAUGAUACGGCAGCACCUUUGCCAGUACACGCAGCUGCGGCACGAGACAGACAUGUUCAACCAAAGCACAGUCGAGCCUGUGGACCAACUGCUUCGAAAAGUGGACCCAGCCAAAGACAGGGAGCUGUGGGUCAGAGAGCACAAGACAGGCAACAUCCGCCCCGUGGACAUGGAGAUCUAGACGCACGGCCCCGGGGGUCCUACCGAGGAGGGGCUGGGGGUCCCAUAGAGAGGAGGUGGCGCUCCCGCCGGGGGGGCCAGGGUCGGGAGUGGCGCUGCCCUCCCCCGCUCUCCUGGUCCACUGAGGAGAGGGGAAAGUGAUGCCGGAAGGGCGGCCCAGAUGGCCCCACGGGGAGCUCCCGGGUGUUCCCAGGCCGAGAAGAUGGAUCCACAGCCCUGCCCUUGCCUCUGAGGCUGAAGCCCCCUGAGUCCCUUGCUGCGCUUGCCACUCCAAGGACAAACCGAGACUGGAACUUUGUGGUCCCUGUUGAGUACCAGAGGGGUCCCCUCCCCACCCAGAGCAAUGUGUCCCAUGCUCAUGCCCUUCUUCCAACGACCUCCUUGUCUCCAGGGCUUUGGAGGGGCAGGGGAGGGAGGUCUCUGUCUCCAAGCCGAGUGUCAGGAUCAGAGUCGUGGAGAGAAGGCCACCAUUCAGCACAGCAGCCCACACCCAGAAUCCUUUGCAGCAGCCCUCCCUCUUGAUUUUUUUUUCCCCCCUUGAAUAUUCUGAGGGCCUACAUCCUGGCUCUUCUCUGCUACUUUUCACCAAUGGGAGUCUUGGGAAGAAGGUCUGGCUCCAGUUUUCCCAGACUGACCCUGCCUGGAGAGGUCAGGAUGAAACUACCUCAUUCAGCAAAUUCACCCCCAGUUGGAGCAGCGAAUCGUGUGCCUGUUAAAUCAGGCCUCCAUGCCACGUGCUCUUUCCAGACAUCCCAGUCCACCCAACCU